UGCACUUUGAGUCUGAGAAGAAAACAAGUGAUAAAAAAUGUACUUUUAGCUGGUGAGGGAGGAGAGGAGAUAGUACACGUGUCCGCCAUUGGCAAUUUCUUGCUGCAUUAUAUCUUGUUUGAGCAAGAAUAUAACUUUAAAGCGAAAUCUUGAGAACCAACAAUCCCUGUGUGAAUGCUUAACACUAAAGCCCAGAACCUGAGAAUCUUUGGCCUUUAAGCAACCUUUGCUCCAAGCAAUUCUGCAAUUCUACGCCUUUUUAUCAAUGGAUUUCAUCCGUAUAGCCCUCAUUGUUUUUCUUCCUUGUCUUCUUGAUUCUGCACAAAUUGUUAGUCUUUCAGGACUCAACCAUGCCACAAAGAAAAGCAAUCACACAUGCUGAUCUUGCGCCAGGUCCUCGAUGCACAGAUUUGGGUAGCAAAACAGCUGCCUUCCUAAUGGUCCUCACCAUUUUAUGUGGCCUUUUUUGCUUCAUUCUUUGUCUCAUUGCCGAAGCCACUCGUUCCCAGGUAACAUGGGUAGCUGGGGAUGUUAAAGGAAAUACUGUGAACUAUGAAUGUGUAUACAGUGGCAGUGGCAAGACACCAUUGUUAUGUGCUGCCGUUGCAUUUGUGGGACUAGCAGUUGCCAUGGUAGUGGAACACGGGUACAUGUUGAUUGCGAUAAGUAAAGCACCUCCUCCAGUUUUGCUUACCUGGGACCACAAUUAUGCUUCUGCCAAGACUAUAACCUGGCAAGCAGGUUUUUUCUUCGUUGCUACUUGGCUUUGCUUUGCUAUUGGGGAAAUCUUGCUGUUAAUCGGACUGAGUGUGGAAUCGGGGCACCUGAAGAAUUGGUCUAGACCAAGGCCAAGUUGCCUCAUCAUCAAACAAGGCUUGUUCUCUGCUGCCGGAGUCUUUUCAUUACUAACAGUGUUUCUUGCUUCUGGGUUAUACUUGACAGCGUUGCGUGCACAAAGAAUAUCCCAAGAGCACGAAAACCUGCGGCGACAGAUGCUUGAAGCCUCCGUCCUCUACGCGUCACCGCCACGAUCACCUCCGCAUCAAAUUUCUGCCACUGCAAGGGAGAAUCCUAUUGCUGGAGAGAGUCAUCAAAUUGUGCAAACACCAUUUAGAGAUCGACAAGCUUUUAGCAAGAACUUGAGUUUAGUGUAAGACAAGCAAAUUAAAGAUGCAUGUUGGCGCCACUUGCAGCAAAGCUACAUAGGAUAUGGUGAAAAGUGUAAUUCAUUUAUUUUUGUAAAAAGAAUUUUUCUUUUUUUUUUUUUUUUUCUAACAACAUAUUUCUGGGAAUUGAGUGUUAUGUCGAGAUGAAAUAAACUUAAAUUUAUUAA